AUGGGAACCCGGGGCCUGCCCUCAGACCUGGAGCCUUUCACACAUCUUGCUCCCUGCCUCUCCAGUUACUUCCACUGUCCUCCUGCAACAAAGACCCAACUGACUGCCCUCUCCUUCCCAGAACCAGAAUCAGUGUGGAUCCACCUGAGAUUUCGCCUCCCUAUCUCUCCAGCAUCUAUUGGAAUGAAGUGGCUUGUAAUGUUCAGGCCAGGCUGUCCAGUCAUUCUGCUCCACCUCUUCAGCAUCUUUGUACAGACGGGAGCUAGUAAGGAUAUCCUGUAUCCUUAUGGACCCGGCCAUAGGGAUGUAGAGACUCCAAAGAUGGAUGAUGGAAGUUCUGCUGAAAUUACUUUGCUCAUUCAUUUCAUUUUCUUCAACAUCCCGUACCGUUCCAUCUAUGUCAACAACAACGGAGUGAUCUCCUUUAACGUGCAAGUUAGCCAGUUCACACCAGAAGCUUUUCCCCUGAGUGACAGUCGAUCGUUCAUUGCUCCACUUUGGGCAGAUGUGCACAACGGCAUCCGAGGUGAUGUGUUCUACCGAGAGACCACUGAACCAGAAAUACUGGAAAGGGCUACACAAGAUAUCCGGAAGUACUUCAAAACCAUGCCCACUUUCACAGCCACUUGGGUCUUUAUUGCAACAUGGCACCAAGUCACCUUCUAUGGAGGAAGCCAGACAACCCCGGUGAACACAUUCCAAACUGUACUAAUCUCAGAUGGCAUGGCAUCAUUCACCAUGUUCAACUACGGAGAAAUCACAUGGAGCACAGGAACAGCCAGUGGUGGAGAUCCUUUAACAGGGCUGGGUGGGACGACAGCUCAGUCAGGUUUUAAUGGUGGAGACAUUGGUCACUUCUUCAACCUGCCAGGAUCACGGUCAAAUGAAGUAGUGAACAUGGAACAGACAACCAAUGUAAAUACUCCUGGGCGCUGGUUAUUCCGCGUGGACACUGAACUGAUAGAUCCUGCAAAUGGCUGCAGCUACAAUGGGCGUUUUUACCGGAGAGGGGAAGUUUUCUGGCUGUCUGACCAGUGUUUACAGCGAUGCCGUUGCCUUGACAUUAACAAUGAGGUGCAAUGCCAAGAGGCUUCAUGCGGGCAGCUGGAGACCUGCGAGCAGCAAGAAGGGGCCUUUUACUGCCAACCAACCCGCACCAGCACUUGCGUGGUAUUUGGCGACCCUCACUACCACACCUUCGACGGCUUCCUAUAUCACUUCCAGGGAACCUGCUCCUAUCUGCUGGCUCGGCCCUGCUGGGAGGUGGCAGGGCUGCCUUUCUUCAGCAUCGAGGCCAAAAAUGAGAACCGUGGGGUCGCCUCUGUUUCUUGGCUUAGAGAUGUCACAGUGGAGGUGUACGGUCACAGAGUCCUGUUACCCAAAGGCAGUUUAGGAACAGUCCAGGUGGACGGUUUAAUGAAGACUUUGCCGGUCCAGCUCCAGCUUGGUGCUAUCAGGGUAUACCAGUCUGGGGUCGCCAUUGCUUUAGAAACAGACUUUGGACUCUUGGUAACCUACGACGGCCAACACUAUGCGUCCAUCUCCCUACCCAGCUCUUACUUCAACAACACAUGUGGCCUUUGUGGUAACUACAACGAUGACCCCGCUGAUGAUCCUGUGCUUCCUGACGGCUCGCUAGCAGAAAGCGUAGUGGAGUUAGGGGGCAGCUGGCGGGCAGAGGACCCAGACUGGAGGUGUACAGAUGGCUGCGCCCAGAACUGCAGCGUGUGUGACGCUCUAACAGAAGCCUUCUACUUCCGCUCAGACUACUGUGGGCUCAUCAACAAAACCGAUGGACCUUUUAGGGACUGCAGAGCCGUAGUGGACCCUACAGCCUUUGUGUAUAGCUGUGUAUAUGACAUGUGCAGCAACAGGGAUAAUAUCACCACACUCUGCCAGGCCAUCCAGGCCUAUGCUCUGGCCUGUCAGGCCCUUGGUGUCACGAUACGACCUUGGAGAUCUCGUACCUUCUGCGCUUUGUCAUGUCCGGCGUUCAGCCAAUACCAAGUAUGCACAAGUGCCUGCCCAGCCUCCUGCUCGGACCUCACCUCUCCCCUGUAUUGUGCUCACCCUUGCACUGAGGGCUGCCAGUGUGACCAGGGCUAUGUGCUCAGCGGCAGCCGUUGUGUUCAGAGUGAGGACUGCGGCUGUGAGCACAACGACCUCUAUUACCCGCUUAAUAACACUUUCUGGGCGGGACCCAGUGGUGAGGAAGGUGAAUGUACCCUCCGCUGCACCUGCGGGCUUGCUGGGGAAGUCUCCUGCUACAACGAGUCCUGCAAGGAGGGUGAGGUGUGUGUGGCGGAGGUGGGCUUGCUGGGUUGCUACCCUCGGAGGGAGGGAGUGUGCUCGAUCACCCAGAACUCGGUGACAACCUCCUUUGAUGGCACCUUCGUAAUGAUCCCAGAUGACAGCUCCUACUACCUGCUGAAGCUGUGCAGUGCAGUGCCAGCUAAUGGCUCGAUGGUUGAGGUGAAGAUGGGCAGGCGGAUGAUGAACAAAGGACCCACUUGGAAAAGACCUGUGGUAGUGACAGUGGCUAACCUGGAAGCUCAGAUGGGAGGGAUGGAUUUUGAUAUUGUAAAGGUGAAUGGUGAACCAGUGGUGCUCCCAUAUGUCCAUCCGAUGGAGACAAUGAUGAUCUACAGAGCACCAGGCAACGCUACGGUGGUGGAGUCCCGAGGUCUGAUUCGUGUCCAGUACAAUCGCCAGGGAUUCCUCAACAUCUCCCUCUCCACCCUUUUCUACAACGUUACUUGUGGUCUAUGUGGCGUCUUUAACAGCAAUAGCACUGAUGACCUUCGUCUUCCGAAUGGACGCCUGGCGGAGUCUACUGAACAGUUCACCGAUGGCUGGCGGUCCAUUGCUGAUGACCUCACCUGUAAUGGUGACUGCGAUGACCUGUAUCGGAUGUGCACAGACUUGCGUCUCUACCAGAAUCCUUGGAUGUGUGGCAACAUCAACGACCCGGGGAAUAGUUCAUUUCUGGCGUGUCAUGCAGUGGUCAACCCCUCGCCAUUCUUCAGGAACUGCUUGUAUAACAUGUGUGUAAAGGAAGGGAAUCGUUCAGCCCUGUGUUCUUCACUGCAGGCGUAUGCCAGCGCCUGUCAGGACGCUCAAGUAGGCCUCGCUUCCUGGAGGAGUGUCACCAACUGCCCUCUUCCCUGUCCACCGAACAGUCAUUUUGACGAUUGCACCAGCGCCUGCCCUCUGACUUGUGCCAACUUAGAUGAACCUGAAGAGCCAUGCCCUCUGCCAUGCCAGGAAGGGUGUCAAUGUGAAGAAGGCUUUGCACUUCGCGAUGGCCUGUGUGUGGCCCGCAGUGAUUGUGGCUGCAUGAGCCACGGACGCCAGCUGGCCACUAAUCAGACUUUCUGGACGGACUGGGAGUGCCAGGAGCGCUGCUACUGCAACGGCUCUGACAACAGUGUAUACUGUCAGCUCGCACCCUGUCACCCUGAGGAGUACUGCCAGGAGAAUGACGGCCUGUACGUUUGCCAGCCGCGCACUGAGGCCCUGUGUGUGGCGGCUGGUUAUGGACAUUUUCUGCCCUUUGGUGGCGUCCCGUUUGAACUGCAGAGCUCUUGUACUCUAAGGAUGGCCACAACCAACUGUGGGGGAGAGAACAGUGACCGCGCAACCAUGAGUGAAACUUUUCCUCAAUUUAAAUUGGCAGCUCGUAAUGAGGAGAGGGACACAGGCCAGGCCAUUUGGGUGAGGGGCUUUGUGCUGGAGGUCUACGAGUAUGAGAUCGAAGUGUCCAGAAGCUACAAAAACACUGUCACGGUGAAUAAGGAGCGUUUGUACCUUCCUCUGAAGCUGGGCCCAGGGAAGGUCAACAUCUUCACCUGGGGCAUGCAGCUCAUUCUGGAGACAGAUUUUGGCCUGAAGGUGGCCUUUGACUGGAACACUCUCCUCCUGUUUACUUUGCCCCGCGACCUCUACAACAGUUCCUGCGGCCUCUGCCAGGGCAUGCCCUUAUCCCCACCCACCCUCACCACCACCGACUGGGGCAUGGCCUGGGCAGAGAGGGACACCUUCUGCCAGGUGGGCUGUGGAGACUCCUGCCCACGCUGUGGCCUGGGAGAGACUAGCGCGGCAAAUGAAGCCCCUCUCAUGGUGGCCGAUGCCAACGAUAACAUCGACGCAGACAAUGGGGCGAAUGAAGUCGACACAGGCAUACGCUUCCACAUCGGGAAUGGACUGUAUGUGUUUGUGGAGCCCGAGGCAGUGAGGCUUUGUGGGCUGAUUGUGGAUCGAGGUGGUGUGUUUGCACGAUGUCACAGCAAGGUGGGGCCGGCGUUCUUUUAUCAAAGCUGCCUGCAGGACACCUGUUUGGACCAGGGAUCUCAGGAGACAGUCUGUAACUGGCUGCAGAUGUAUGCCAGCACCUGUCAGACCCAAGGGGUGCCUGUUAACGGCUGGAGGAGCGACACGCCGUGUGUCCAGAGCUGCUCGCCUAACAGCCAUUACUCCAGCUGUGUGUCGGUCUGCCCGCCCCAGUGCGCCCCAGCCCGCGGCCAGAGAGACUGCAGCCAGGACUGUGUGGAGGGCUGCCAGUGUGACCAGGGCUACGUGCGCAACGGCAAGAGCUGCAUCCUGCCUCAAAACUGUGGCUGCUACACUGAUGGCAAGUACUAUGAGCCCAAACAGCUGUUUUGGAACAAUGACUGUACCAAGCGCUGCCAGUGCAUCGGACGGAACCUGAUCCAGUGCGACCCGAGGCGCUGUAAGGCAGAGGAAGAGUGCACCCUGCGGUUUGGAGUGCGGGGCUGCUUUGCGCGGCGCUCCCAGCACUGCGUGGCGUCCGGCGGUGGGGUUUUCAGGACCUUCGACGGGGCGUCGCUGCGUCUUCCGGCCUCCUGCUCCUUCGUCUUGUCCACUAACUGUCAUAAGCUGCCUGACCUCUCCUUCCAGCUCAUUGCUAACUUCGAUAAAUGGAGCACACCCAACCUCACCACCAUCUCUCAUGUCUACCUUUACAUCAAUGAGGAGAAUAUACUCAUCUCUGGCAGCACUGUCAAGGUCAAUGGUACACCAGUAUCAGUACCGUUUCUAACUGGGUUGAUGACACGUCUGUCGUCGUCCGAAGGUUUCAUCGUCAUCGACACACCUCAGGACAUCCAGGUACGGUACAACCACUUUAACACCCUGAGCAUCACAAUGGGCCAGCGGCUUCAGAACAAGGUGUGUGGCCUCUGUGGGAAUUUCAACGGAGACCCCAGUGACGACUACAUCACGUCCAGGGGCAAACCGGCUGUCAGCGCCCUGGAGCUGGCCCAGAGCUGGAAGACCAACGGUAUGCAGAACAGUUGUGAUGAAACCCAGUUUGUGGCUCUGGCUCAGUCCUGUGACAACACGGCGGUGCUGGCGCUGCAGAGUGAGGAUGCCUGUCAGAAGCUCACCCAGCUGAAGGGUUUCUUCCAGCCGUGCCACGGCCUGCUGGAUCCCCGGCCCUUCUACCAGUCCUGCUACCUGGACGGCUGCUAUAAUCACCGCAAGGCUCAGGUCUGCGGCUCGCUGGCGGCCUACGCAGAGGCCUGCCGCUCCAUGGGCACCCUCACCACCAAGUGGAUCACCCAGGAGAACUGCUCAGAAUGGAUCUACGACCCCUGUGCAGGAGAGAUCUGCACAAACUUCACCUGCGAGCUGGAGAACGGAGGUGACCUGUGUGGCUGCCCGGAGCUGCCUACCAGCAAUGGAGGUGAUGAUGACAUCCUCCAGGCGGAGGUGAACUGUAAGCAUGCUCAGAUGGAGGUCUCCAUCUCCAAGUGUAAGCUCUUCCAGCUGGGCUUUGAGCGAGAGGACGUCAGGGUCAACGACGAGCACUGUGCCGGCAUUGAGGGAGAAGACUUCAUCUCCUUCCACAUCAACAACACUAAAGGACACUGUGGCUCCAUCGUACAGUCGAAUUCCACACACAUCAUGUAUAAGAACACUGUGUGGAUAGAGAGUGUGAACAACACUGGGAACGUCAUCACCAGAGACAAGACCAUCAACGUGGAGUUCUCCUGCGCCUACGAACUGGACCUGAAGAUCUCGCUGGAGACUGUCCUCAAGCCCAUGCUCAGUGUGAUAAACCUGACCUUACCGACCCAGGAAGGGAACUUCAUCACCAAGAUGGCUCUGUAUAAGAACUCCUCGUACCGGAACCCGUACAGGGAGGGCGAGGUGGUGCUGAGCACGCGAGACAUCCUGUUUGUGGGCGUCUUUGUGGAGGGGGCAGAUGAGAACCAGCUCAUCCUCAUAGUGAACAUGUGCUGGGCCACGCCGUCCCGCUACAGCAGCGACCGGCUCCGCUACAUCAUCAUAGAGAGAGGGUGUCCAAACAUUAAGGACAACACCAUCGGCAUGGCAGAGAACGGCGUAUCACUCACCUGUCGCUUCCACGUCACCGUCUUCAAGUUCAUUGGGGAUUACGAUGAGGUCCACCUCCACUGUGACGUCACCCUGUGUGACUCUGAAAGAAACGCCUGCAAAGUGAACUGUCCACACAAGAGAAGGAUGUACUCGGAGGACAGUGAUCAUAAAGAGCACAUAUUGUCUGUGGGACCCAUAAGAAGGAGAGUGUCAGACUGGUGCGAGGAGGAAAACGGAGGCUGCGAGCAGAUCUGCACCAGUAGGAUGAACGGACCGGUCUGCAGCUGUGUGACUGGGAUGCUGCAACGAGAUGGGAAAAGCUGCCGGGCUGUGAGCUCGAGCUGUAACCUCACACCUGCGGUUUCUCUGCUGAGCGUCAGCGCUGUGAUCUCCAUGUUCCCGACUCGUAUUCACAAUCUCCUCUCCUAACACCCUGCGAGCA